AAUCAGAAUGUAACAUUUCUAGUAUGUCACUAAAACUAGCAUGAAAACAAGCACCGUGUGCUACUGACUUUAGCUUUAUAUUGGGUGCUUUCCAUUUAUAUCACUUCUGUUGAAACUUGUGUCGACUUGAAUUAGUUGGAGUCGGUAACUUCAAUGUGAUAAAUGGAAAGCAUUUGCGAUGCGUAGAAGUUGUUGCGCGAAAUACAAACACAGUCAUUCAUUAUUUGUUUUGGGGAAGAUUAUAAUAAGUAAUAUAAAAUUUAUUAUAAGACAUAAAUAUAAAGAUGGAAGAAGAUAAUUUGCCUAACGCAAUUAAUUUCUUGUUGGAAAACAAUGAAAGUAGCAGCAGCAGUCAUUAUAAUAAUGAUGCUAUCAGUAAUAGUAGUGUUUCUACAGAUGAAGACCAAAAUCAAUUUUUAGAAAAUGAUUGGUUUCAAGAAGAUUUACUGUUUCCUCUUCUUCAGUUAUUAUUAAACGGUCGUAGAAGAGAGCAUGUGCAGAAUUUUCUUAACGUAGUGCAUGCAAAAAAUAAUGUUGAAUUUAGAGAAGAUUUCAGAUUAAGUCGUCCAACUGUAUACAUGUUAUUAGAAUCUUUAGAGACUAGCGGAUUUAUACCAACACAUGAAUUUGGGAAAGAAAAAAAACCUGCGGAAUUAUGUCUGCUGAUGACUCUCUGGUUUUUAAGUAACAAAGAACCACAUCGAACCCUGUCUAAUCUCUUUGAUAUAUCAUUGUCAUCUGUAUUUCGCAUCAUACGUCGAGUUAUAAAUUGGCUAAUAACUUUGGUUCCUGAUGUCAUUACAUGGCCUAAAGGAAAUCAUAUAAUACGAAUAUCUCGUGGAUUUGAAGAAGUAGCUGGAAUUCGGAACUGCGUUGGAGCAAUAGAUGGCUCGCAUAUUUAUAAAUAAACCCGAGGAAAAUAGUAGAAUAUAUUUUAACAGAAAACAGUAUUAUUCAAUUCUUUUACAGGCUGUUAGUGAUUGUAACACUAGAUUUAUUAGCGCAUAUUGUGGUGAUCCGGGAUCGUAUCAUGAUGUUCGAAUGUUAAGAAGAUCAGAACUUUUUUAUUUUGCUGAACAAGAAAGAGAAAAUAUUUUUCCAAAUAAUACGUUUUUAUUAGGAGAUAAAGGUUAUAACGGAGUAGCAGAAAAAUGGAUUGUCAGUCCUUUCAGAGAUAAUGGUAAUCUUACGAUUGAGCAAGAAACG